AUGACUAUUUCAGAUGUAGAGACACCGGAAGAAAUGAAGGAAUGUGAGAAGAAAGUCAAGUGGUACUUGUGCCAUCGCCCCUGUAAACAUCACAGAGAAUGUCAAGCCAAUAACGUGUGCUGUCUGAGCUUCUGCGGGAGCAUCUGCAUGAACAUUCUCUGA